UGUCCACCACGCCCUGAGUUGAGUUAGCCCUGAAUUUUAGUUAAUUGCUUGCCAUGGCCAAUGAACAGCCGCGCCGGCCUCCCAGCGCCUACUUCCUUUGGCUUUCUGCGAAACGCGAAGACAUCGCCAAGUCCUUGGGCACUGGAAAGGGCCCUGAAGUCUCCAAAGAGGCUGGCAAGUUGUGGAAGCAGCUGACCGAAGAGGAAAAGAAACCAUUCGAAGUUCAAGCUAAAGCUCUGAGAUCAGAAUAUGAUAAGAAGAUGAUCCUUUUCAAGGCUCAGGGAGGAGUGGUAACGAAGAAGCGUCCCCUUGGAGAUGAUGCAAAGGAGGGCAAACCCAGACGUCCCGUUGGAGGAGCCUAUGGAUGCUUUCUGGCUGCCAAGCGGUCAGAGAUCGCCAAGAAUCUGCCGGAAGGCCACAAGAUGACCGAUGUUGGUAAGGCUGCGGGUGAGAUGUGGAGAGGCCUCUUAGCAUCUGAGAAGAAGCCAUAUGAAGAGGACUAUGCAAAGAAAUUGACCGAAUACCGUGAAGCCAAGGAAGCGUACGAUGCUGAACACGAAGGUUUACUUGACUUGAUUGCACUUGCAAAGCCCAGUAAGACUUUGAAGAAGUGGAGUGAGGCUGAGGCCAGUGAGGUUCACAAAGACGAAGCUCAUGCCCUGAAGGCCAUUGAAGCGGGAGCCUAGAGGGCCUGGAAACUUGGUUUUGGUUGCUCCAAAUGUAUCCAAAUGUUGCUCCACAUGUUUCUGUACAGAGGUUGGUAUCAAGAAGAGACUGACCAUGGGCCCGGACAGGUUUGAUUUGAAUUCUUCAGAUCUGCUCCGAUUGUACUCUUUCACGUUUUCAACGCUACACGCGUUUGGUUGGGGGCUUCUCUUCGUUUCUGGGGGUGCGGAAAGAUGCAGAAGUGACUGUGCAGAAUUGUAAUUCAUGCGUUGGCAAAA